GCGCAUAUGAAAAAUUGGCCCAUGGCGGCCAUCUUCGGAAAUAGUACACGCUCUCUAAAUUACGUCAGAUUUGGUAAGCACGCUUGACAACAUGUCUGGAUUUGAGGAAGUGGGUAUUGCCGGGAGUAUACACCUUCGGGAGGCCCUCACCAAUUGUACAGAUCCCCUCCAGGCCAUUGAGGACUUUCAGUCGGAAAAUGGCAUCCUCCUCCCAACCCUCCAACCUGCCCUUCCUCUCUUGGAUCUCCACAUGAUUCGACGUUUUGAGUUUCACCACUCUAUUAUGGAAGAAUUACGUGAGAAACUCAUGUCCCGGACGCAGGAGCUUGCCAACAGUGACACCAAGGGGCGCUUCAAGACUAUAGAGGAUCUCCUCUCGAAGUGCUUUCCAUUGAUAAGGGUCAAGAGCAUCCAACCUGUGGUGAUGUCUGUUAUGAAAUGUCUUCCAAAGAUUCCAGAGAAGUACCUAACAGUUCUUGUGGAAGACAGGAGUCUCUAUGAUGUGGCCUCCAUUGAGGUGAAGCAACAGAUCUGGCAGCGGAACCCGUCUCUUUUUGGUGACGAGGUCUCACCGCUCCUCACAGACUACAUCAAGAAUAAAGAGUCGGUGCUGUUUGGUAGCGAGGCAGUGAACUCUCAAAUGUUCUUUCUUGUGUCACCAAAGAUGAGACGGCAGGGCCAUGUGGUCCAAAAACUCACAAAAAUGGUCGGAAAGAGUGUGAAGCUCUUUGACAUGGUGCUCCAAUUCUUGCGGACACUCUUCCUCAGCACCAGGAACAUGCAUUACUGUACACUAAGAGCAGAACUACUGAUGUCUCUACAUGAUUUGGAGAUCCAUGAAAUUUGUACCGAGGAUCCGUGCCACAAGUUUACCUGGACCUUAGAUGCAUGUGUUAGGGAUAGACAGGUGGAUGAUAAGAAGGCGAAGGAGUUACAAGGUUUUCUGGAUGGUGUGCGAAGGGGACAGGAACAAGUCCUUGGUGACCUAUCUAUGAUCCUGUGCGAUCCCUUCGCUGUACACACUCUAGCAACCAGUGUUAUUCGUCACAUGACCAGCCUCAUCAGUCAAGACAAACUUCCAAGGGACAGCCCAGAUUUGACAUCUCUUCUCCGCAUGCUCUCGCUUGGUCUUGGUGCUUGGGAUAUGUUGGACAGCCAACGAUUUAGAGAACCCAAGUUGGAAAACGAUCUCGUCCUGAAGUUCUUGCCAGCACUCAUGUCGCUCCUCGUUGACGACCAGAUGAGAAUUGUCAACCGCCGUCUCAACGACACCAGCGACGACACUGACCUGAAGACACUUCCACCAUUCCUCCUCAAGUACAUACGACGGAACAAGAUCGGUGCUACGCUCAUCCUGUACUAUGCCUUGCAUGCGACCAGUAAACGAAACAAAGACGCCCUCGCCAGGGUCCUCCCGAACAUUGUCAAGAUGGAAGGGGAUUUAUCGUUCAACGAUAUCUUCCUUCACCCGUUCGUUGCCCAGUUGUCUGUACUCCUGGACGAGUUCUCAUCCGAUUCCUUCUGUGAGAUAGUCUUUGAUGGAUUUUUGCUUCAUGGAGCAUCCAGGGAGAAUGUAGCAAGGCAUUCUUUACGAUUGAUGGAGUUUGUGUUUCAUAAGCUGCCGGCAGCUAAGCUCUCUAAGCUACAGAAUGCCCUUGAACCUAAACCAGAGCACAGCCAAGCAGUACGUGAUCUGUACGGCACAGUGAUGGAGAAGAUUAGCUCCCAUACACCCAAUCCAGUCAAAGUCCCAGAGCCUGUUGACUCACCGUUGAGGAGUGUUCCCACACCUGCGCCUUUAUGAACAUAGCUCUGUUGACCGAUAAUCACUGUGCUAAUGUGCGCAACUCCAUGCUAGAUCAGCUCUAACACUUGCAGUCCAGUCAAUGUCCGUCCCAGACUCCCAGAGCCCGCUGACUCACCACUGAAAAGUGUUCCGACCCCUGCGACCUUGUCUUCACAGCUCUGAUGGCUGACAACCACAAUGAGUUUGUAUGAACCGGAGCCGUUAAUGUGCACCAUCUCCAGGCCAGAAGAUUUCAUGCAUGCUUUUGCUCAGAACUGCCUGAAUUAUGUUUAGCCAUGUUGUGCAGGAGAAAUUCCACAGUACAAUAUCUGCGAUGAUGUCCUGGGGGGUGUUUCACAAAGACUUGAGUGUGAGAGUUGCACUUAAACUGCUAGUUGUGUGUGGUAGAGAAGGCAUCAUUGCAUUGAUAAAAUCAUACAAAGAGGAGAUGCACUACUGCAUCUUUAUCAAUAAGAUUGCGCGUUACAUAUCAUGUGUGCAUUGGCAGUUUUAAGCACGACUCUCGGGUCACACCUAAUUCUUUGUGAAGCGUCCCCAGGUGACCUAAGAGGGAUAUUGUAAUCAAGCUCACUGGUGCUAGUUUAGGAAUGAGAGUAUGUGAAUGUGAUGCUCAAAACUAUUGUCUUUUUCUGAAUCUUAUGCCACAAAGAGUCAAAAGCGGAUGGGUUUUGGUUAAGCAGCAAACAGACUUUACACAAAUUCCUUCAUGUGGGACUGAUCAUAACUUGAGGGAGAGAAGAUAUGUAGUGAACCCAGUUUUCAUGUCAUGACCUUUCCAUAUUUGCAUAUCAUAAAUCCUAUUGCAAAAUUUGGCCCAGUUUGUAGACUGUGUGAUCUGCUUUGUGAUUUAUAAGAGUGAAAAACUGAAUGCUGCACUGUAUUCACAAAAGAAGAAGGAAGCACAUGAUGUCCUGACCUGUUGAUUGAGUAAUUAUUGUGUUGUUUUUUUUUUUUUUUUUUUUUUUUCAUGUCUGGGACAAACUUAUGCAUUGGACAGUAUUUUUUCCCUUCAUAUUGCAAGUAGAUAAAUGUACAUUCUGAGGCAAGUAUGAAAUUACAUUGACAUCAGUGUAUCAUUUUGCUCUUCAAGUAUAUAAACUCUUGUCAACUGCUUCCUCAAGUCAUUGAAAGGGCUGAAAGAUGGGGGGGGGGGGACUCAUCACCCUUGUGGCUUUUGGUCUCCAUCCUGUUACAAAUUCCAUUGCAUUUGUAAUUUUAUGUAAUGUGAUACAUUAAUAUAGAGAGUAAUCAAUGUGUAUUACUGAUUUACCAUGGUGGUUUUAACACUUGCUGGCAAGUGUAGUUGUAAUUCAAUAAGAAUUCAUUUGAGAUAAGAAGUUAGUCUUUAGAUUAACUUAUUUCUGUCCUCUUGCUGUCACAUGGGUGGAAAGAGCUUGUAUGUAAAGCAUGGGGACGCUUUUGUGUGUAUGUUCAAUAAUUCAUCAUGUGAGAUUCUAUCCAAACCGAAUCUGUGUUUUGAAGUAAGUGCACAUGCAACGAUACCUUGAUUGGUCAUUGGCAUUUAGAAUUUGAUUGCAAACCUCGAUAUUACUGAACCAUUGUAUUGCUGGUAUAUACUGGUCAAUUCUACCGUUUGCCGUGGAGAAGAAUGCAAGAAGAAUGUAAGCUAAUACUUUUAUUUCAUAUUCAGGUCUGAAAAUGCUUCAACUUUAGUGAUUGUUUGACUUGCAUGUAUAAAAGGUCGACCUCGGUAGAGUUAAAGAGAAAUGCCAGUAGUUGCAGUAAACACUGAUUUCAUGAGAAAGUCUGUAAAACCAGGCUUAAUUGUCAGUAUAUCAUCGAAGAUCUAGGUCUGGUACAGUUACAUAAACUGAACUUUGUGAAAUCUUGAAAUCUAUGCUGUAAAAUGUUCACACUGAAGAUCACCAACACAGAUAGGCACACGUUGGACAGUGUAUUAUUAUUGCUGGAAUAAAAACCCGACGGAAGUGACCGAAUCUGUGCUUAUUUUGCUUAUUUCUCAGCAAUUACACAAUUUCUUCCAGAAUCCUUUGGCACAUAUUUUUUAUUCAUAUAAACAGACACUUGGGUGGUCAUUAUAUUAGGUUCUGUAAAAAGUCAUUUUGAGAUCGUUACCAAAACUGGAAUUUAUCUUUAACUGUAAGUGACCCAGCAUAUAAACUGUCCUGCAAUUGGUCAGAAGUUUGGUCCAAGCUUUUUUCCUGUUCAGGUAAUACAUGUAUUCUCUUUGUGUGGAUAUCAUAGAAAAACACAGAAAAUCAUGAUUCAUGACGGGUAAUCGGUAGGAUAAAUGCCUUGAACGCUUUAGCACCUAUUUGGUGGCUCAGCUAGAGCCGGGGUAGUAUGAUACCAAGUAUCAAAAACAUAUGCAUAUAGCAAAUGUUCUAUAUAAGUGGAUGUAUUGUUAUUAUUACAUUGUAUUAUUAUUUCAAUCAAAAUUGAUUUCCAAAAUCCAUAUGAAAAACCUUGCACUCUGGUAACUGUUUUUCUCAAUGUAAGACAUUUUCUCAAUGUUGACUAUUUUAACACAGAAUCCAAGAGAUUAUUCACAUUCUCUGUUCAACUUGAGCCAAUCAUGUUGAGAUUUUUACACAAUUUCUUCUUUUUUUUUAUUUUUUUUUUUAUGGCAACAUUUUUGUUUCUCCAUUCCUGUGAACCUAUUGGAUGAAUAUAUGGGGCCAAAAUCUAUGAUGUUGUGUCUGAAAGCUGUGACAAAGUUCUGACUUUCGCCUUGUAAUCAAGAGUCGUGUGUAUGAAUUCCAAAAUGACGUCACAUCUUUGUCUGGGUGUCAAUCCACACAUUGCCAUUCUCAGUCAGGGGCUAAAUUAGUCUGCAGGCACAGACCCUGAUUGACACUUUGAUCAACAAGUGGUUCAUCAUGCAAAGAAUAGCAGACAGUACGCAUGGCAUUGUAGGCUGCUUAUUCAGACCCCUUAAUUUGAGUGAAGGGUUUGCACAGCAAACUACAUUGUGUGCGUGAAUGACUUGUUGAAUCGGACGGCAAGUGUAAUAAUAAAUCUGUGAAACACUAGGCGCUCUAACCUCUUAUACCCCUUUCAUAAACCUAAUAAAACCUAUCCUCCAAUUAGCCGCCUAAGAGUAAUGCGGAUAAUUCAAUAAAAAUUGCGUUCACAAACUCCGAAAAAUAUUUUUACGAGCGCCCGUCCUGAAAAAGGUGGAUAAUCGUCAUGACACCUGGACACGCCCCCUCCGAUGCGGUUGUGUUGGAAAAGGGUGACCUUGUGACCGCACCAUGGCAAUUAUCCGCAUUAUUUGGAAAUAAGUUCAUAAACUCAAAAUCUUGUCCUCUGAUUUUACGACCAAAUUAUGCUGCUAGUAGCCGCAUAAUUGGGUUUUAUUGGGUUUAUGAAAGGGGUAUUAGAUUCAUAGGCCCGUAUUCUGAAGUCGGGUUUUAAACUCUGGUUUAAAGUUGUGGUUUAAGUAUGGAAAGCCAUUGUGAAAUAAAUCAGUAGAUAUAUGAUAUUUCAGCUCAUUUGACUCUCGAAUCAUUCUCAAUCGUCUAGGAAUUUUGUAUAGAUAAUUGUCUUCAAUAUCAAAGAAACGGGAAAGAGCACAGUAAAUAUAAGAAACAUACAACUUAAAGAUUUUGACUGACUUCCCAUAGAUUUAGCACAGAGUUAGACCAUGGUCUAAGUUAUACCAGUGUUCGGAAAACGGGCCAUAAAGUUUAUGUCUUGUGAAUAAUUGGAUUAUUGUUAUUGUACCCAUCACAUUGUUCAUGUUCAUCUUGGUCUCAUAAAGCAGUAAAAUUGAAAAUUGUUCCGAUUUAAAUAAUGAGCUGCUGGAUGGAUUAUAAUCUGGACCCUGAGACAAGAAGGAAAUGAUCAGUUGAUCAUAAUUGACAAUCAACUACAAAAUAAUAUUGAUUUAUAUUUCUUUGUGUUGCAGGUGCCUCAACAGGCUCAUCGCCUGCGUAUUCAUUAUAUCAUGUGUCUAACAUCAUCUGCAAGUUGUAUAUGUAAACAUCCCAAUUUUGUUGUUUACUGCUAAAAACCACCUUGAUAAAGUGAGUAAAGUGUCUAAAACAUGUA